AACGUCCCGAGCUUCGAAUUUAUUAUAAAACUUUCCACGUUUUCUGGCCGCAAAAAGCAAAAAACUACUCAUAUAACAAGGGAGUGUCGGAUAUUAUCGUUGCCUUGUAGUAAAACUAAAAUCUGUGAGCGCGGAGAAAACAAGUGGAUGUUUGAGCAGAAGGACUUGGAGGAGAAUCACAACAAGAUAUAACAGCAGCUUCUUUCUGUACACAGGAGGAUAUUUAAAUGGCCGACCCAGUCAAUUUGAGUGAUUUUCAUGAAAUCGCAAAAGGGGUCCUCCCAAAAAUGUAUUAUGACUACUACUCUGGGGGUGCUGAGGACCAGCACACACUUAAAGAGAAUGUCGAAGCAUUUCGCAGAAUCAAUAUCAGGCCAAGGAUUCUUGUAGAUGUUAGCAAAAUAGAUAUGUCAACCACCAUACUGGGUUACAGGUUAUCAGCUCCUAUUAUGGUUGCUCCUACUGCUAUGCAUCAGUUUGCACACCCUGAAGGGGAGGUUGCAACAGCCAGAGCAGCAGCAGCAUGUAACACCAUAAUGGUGUUAUCAUUUAACUCUACCUGCACAGUGGAGGAGGUUGCUUCCAGCUGUGAUGGUGUUCGCUUCUUUCAGCUAUAUGUUUUUAAAAGACGUGAUAUAUCAGCACUGAUGGUGCAAAGAGCUGAAAGAAAUGGCUUCAAAGCCAUCGUUCUCACUGUUGACACUCCUAAACUUGGUCGACGGGAAGCAGACAUAAAGAAUAAAAUGAUUGCACCUCAAUUGAAGAAUUUUGAAGGCCUCUUGUCAACUGACAUCCACUCAACUGACAAGGGUUCAAACCUUGCAGCUUAUGCAUCAGAGACCCUUGAUGCUUCUUUCUCAUGGAAGGAUCUAGAAUGGUUAAGAUCUAUUACAAAAUUGCCAAUUCUACUGAAAGGGGUACUUACCCGUGAGGAUGCCAUAAAAGCUUUGGAAUCAGGUGUUGCGGGAAUCAUCGUCUCUAAUCAUGGGGCACGGCAGCUAGAUUAUUCUCCUGCAACGAUUAAUGCUCUGGAAGAGGUGGUACUUGCUGUUAGAGGAAGAAUCCCUGUCCUCUUUGAUGGGGGAUUGAGACGCGGAACAGACGUGUUUAAGGCAUUAGCACUGGGUGCUCAGGCUGUUUUGAUUGGACGACCGAUAAUAUACGGGUUGGCAGCAAAGGGUGAAUCUGGGGUUAGACGAGUCAUUGAAAUGUUGAAAGAUGAGCUUGAGCUUACCAUGGCCCUUUCUGGAUGCCCUGCUCUGAAGGAUAUUACCAGAAGCCAUGUGAGGCUGGGGUAUGAUAGACUCCAAUGCAAGAUAUGAUUCGUUUCUUAUAAUGCUUACAAACAAUAGACUGCAGUAAAAUUGUCACAUAGGUGGGUAAUUUAAAUGAUUAACUCCUUAAGUGAAGAAAUUGAGCUUUUUACUUAUUAUUGCUACUUGUCUUGACAAUAUCUAUCAUAGAACAGCAGACUUCAAACUCUGUAAAAUAAAAUACUCUGUAUAAGAUAUUAUCUAGUAAUAUUAUCUAGCUUAUUAUUUGC